AUGCCGCCCAAACGCUCCUUCACCGACGACUACACCGGCGGGCCCAACCAGUCGCCGACCUCAUCCAACUUCCUUCCCCCGAAGCGGCGCAAGACGUACACGGGCGGGGCGAACGACUGGCGGCGGCCGUCAGCCUCGUCGACGCGCGACGGAUGGUGGGCGGUGACGGAGGCCGAGUGGGAGCGCAUGGCGCCGGCCAUGAAGAUGAACUGGACGCACGUCGGCCGCAUAAUGGAGACGGAGGAGGGCGAGCCUGCGCCCGAGGCCUGCGAACAGUGCCGCGACGCCGGCGACCCGCGCGGCUGCUGGGUCUACUCGCGCGAGGCCAUGCGCCGCUACGGCUUCAAGACGCAUGUGUGCGCCCGCUGCCGCGCCACUGCCAACGUGUGUUCGCUUAAUCCCUUUUUCAGAAACAGCGUAGGCCUGCGAGACAACCGCCCGCCACCCGAGCGGCCCCCGCCGCACGACUCGCCCUACCACCAUCCGCCGCCCAGCGAAAGCAGGCACCGCUUCCCCAGCCCGGGCCCGCCUGAGCAUCACAGAUACCGCUCCGUCACGCCGCCGAGCGAGAGGCACGGCCGCGGCUGGCCGCAGUCGCCCACUGCUAAACGACACAGCUUCGACGACCGAGAGCGAUAUCCCCCACCACCAUCCGAACGCCACAUCUUCCCCUCCCCAGGUCCGCCGCCGCCGCACCACCACCAUCACCACCAGCGACGUCUCUCCCCGACCCCUCCGUCCCCCCACCACCACCCUCCUCACCACCAUCGUUCCCACCUAUCCCAAUCCGAUCUCCAACCGCUUCCCCCCACCGGGGGCGCCCCUCCUCCUCCCCACCCCAACGACCCUUCUUCCGCGGCCGCCGGUAUCCCGCCGCCGCACCCCGCCCACUCGGCACCGCCGCCGCUGCUCAGCCUCGACAGCCUCGCCGCGCGCCUCGAGGUGCUGGAGCAGCAGAUGGACGCGCUGCGCAAGGACAACGUGUACAUGCACGAGGAAAACAACAUGCUCCGCUGGCGCCUCGCCGACCUGGAGGCCCCGCUGCAAGCACAGGCACAGGCGGCGGCGUCAUCUGCUGCCGCCGCCGCUGCUGCCGCUGCCACGCUGACGACGGCAGGAGCGGAAGUCGGCGAGCAGGAUGAUGACGAGGCCGCGGACCGGAAGCCGGUGAUGACGACGACGACUACGAAUACGACGGCACAGCAGCCGCAGCCGCAGCAGCCGCAGCAGCAACAACGUAGCAGUGCGAGUAGUAGGGCGGUUGAGACGCUGGUUAUGGAAGAGUCGAUGGCGUCGAGCCUGCGCGAGCAGGAGCAGCAGCACGAGCACGAGCAGCAAGCCGAGACGGACCGCCGCCGGGAGGCCGCGGAGGAGGAAGAGCAGCGGCGGCGCAGCCGAGCCGAGCGCGAGGAGGAGCGGGAGCGGGAGCGCCGCGAGGAUCAGGCGCGGAGGGAGCAGGAAGAGGCUGAGCACGAGCGCUACCGCCAGCAGGUGGCCGCCGAGCUCGAGGCCCUGCGCGACGACAACGCCGAGCUGGGCAGGAAGGUGGGCGAGCUGGAGAAGGGGCACGGCGUCACACAGCAGAUUCUGAGGAACAUGUACUAUGCCCUGGAUUGA